AGUUAUGUAGAUUGCAACGAUCUGUUCGUUGAGAUGGGAUGAAAGCAGCAGUUCCAAUUUGUAUGAAUGACGAGGUUACUGUCCACAACCUUCCGAUCCAUCAAACCACAUUCUCAGCUUCCAAAAUCACCUUCAACAAGACUUCCAUCUUCAUCGCCAUCAUCAUCAAACUCCAAUCCCUCGCCGUCGGUGGCCUCAAAGCAACCUAAUUGGUCGGUGUAUCUAAUCUUAUCGACUAAUCCACCGAUCAAAACUUACGUUGGCGUCACCACCAAUUUUUCUCGCCGCUUGAAACAACAUAAUGGUGAAUUAAAAGGUGGUGCAAAAGCAUCACAAGCUGGAAGACCUUGGAUUUGUGCAUGCCUUAUUCAAGGUUUUGAGAGUAAAAGUGAAGCAUGCAAGUUUGAGUUUAGAUGGAAGAACAUAUCACGUAAAAUGGGGCGUAAAAGGAACUUAAAGGAUGAGGGAGGGCUUCAUUUGUUGCAACAUAGAAAUGCAGCAUUAGAGAAGGUGAAAGUUUUUCGAUCUGAAUCAAGGAACACUACUAGAGACUUCACCCUUCAUCAAACAGAGUUUGUUUAUGGUGUCACUGGUGCCAGAGUUAAAAGGCUACAUCAGCCGGUCACCGAUCCUCAUGAACGAAGAACACAUCCUCCAAACCACCACUGGCAAGUGGUCGGUCCUCACGUCCUCACCCCUUCACUCGCUUAUUGA